AGCACGUAACAGCGACAGUGAGAGUGGGAUGGGAGUGCAGUGUUAAGGGAUUUCUUUGGUAAAAUGAUCAAAACAGAGAAAAGAGAUGGGAAGGAGAGAGAGAGAGAGAGAGAGAGAGAGAGAGAGAGAGAGAGAGAGAGAGAGAGAGAGAGAGAGAGAGAGAGAGAGAGGUUAAAAUUGUAAUUCACAUAAUGUAAAUAUCAUUAACAUAGUGGUGGUUGUUUUACUUUGAAUAAUAAGAUACGUAACACAGUGGCAAUGCAUCACUACGCAGACAGUUGUUACAGUACUAAAACUAAUUGUAAAGCUAACACUAAAUAACACGGAGAAAAAAAUAUGAUAAAAUGCAGUAAAACAAAAUUAUAAAAUAAAUGCAGUGCUAAUUACGAUUACAGACAAUAUCGUCACUCACCACCAUUACUACCACAAUCACCAUCUCCACUGUCCCCACCACCACCACCACCACAACUGUCAUCAAAACUAUGACCAUCAUUAUGAUUACCUCCACCAACUCCACCUUCAUCACCACCACCACCACCACUACCACCAUAAUCACCACCUCCACCAACACCACCACCACCACCAUCACCCCCACCAUCAUUACCAUCACCAUGACCACCACCACUGUGCGUAUCCCCUCCAUUAUCACCGUCCCUACCCCUCCCACCAUCACCCACACCACCACCAUCACCACUUCCACCACCACCAGCACCACCACCACCACCACCAUUAUUACCAUCACCACUACACCCACUCCCACCCUUACCACCCACACAACCAGCAUCACCAUCACCACCGCCACCACCGCCACCACCACCACCAUCACAUUUACCACCACCAUCACCUCUACCAGCACCACCAACUCCACUACCACCAUUACCACCACCAUCACCACUACUAGCACCACCACCAUCACCACUACCAGCACCACCACCACCAUCACCACCACCACCACCACCACCAUUAUUACCAUCACCACUACACCCACUCCCACGCUUACCACCCACACAUCCAGCAUCACCACCACCACCACCACCACCACCACCACCACCACCACCAUCACCACCACCACCAGCACAGCCUCACCUCCACUAUCCGUCGCCAGAGGGUUCGCACCGAGGGUCAGCAGUGCCUUCACUGUCUGGGUGUGGCCCUUCCCGGCAGCCUCCAUCAGCGGUGUCGUGUCGGUGGUGCCUCCACCCUCUAUGCUGAGCCCCGCCUGCAGUAAGCAACGCAGCAGGUGGUGGUGGCCCUUGCUGGCAGCCACACCUACCAGACUCCCCGACAUCCCAGCAACAUUGGGGACGGUGAUCUCUGAAUGGGCACCCCUGGCGAGGGACGACCUCACCCUUGCCUCGUCUCCUUUCUCCACAGCAGUGACCAGUUCCUACACAGACACAGACACUAAAAGCUGGGCUGGCGUGGCAGCAGCCUCAUCAACCACACACUGGGCUGGUCUCCCUUCCAUAUUUACCGAAGGUUAUGCCUACGAUACAGAGAUUGUGUUUACGUCAGUCUGA